AUGGGCAACGUACUCUCGGCCUGCUGCAAAAGCUGCCAAGGUCGGAACAAAGAUAACCUCUAUGAGCCCGCUCUCGCAGACAGCGAACGAGAAGCCGUUGCAGAUCUCCUACAAUACCUCGAGAAUCGAGGAGAAACAGAUUUCUUUUCCGGAGAACCGUUACGGGCUUUGAGCACUCUCGUCUAUUCAGACAAUGUUGACCUACAACGAAGCGCCAGCCUAACAUUUGCCGAGAUCACGGAGCGAGACGUGAGGGAAGUCGACCGAGACACCCUAGAACCUAUCCUAUUUCUUCUGCAAAAUCCCGACAUUGAAGUACAACGAGCUGCCAGUGCAGCCUUGGGCAAUCUGGCCGUGAAUCCGGAGAACAAGGUCGCGAUUGUCCAACUCGGCGGAUUGCCUCCCCUCAUUCGACAGAUGAUGUCUCCCAAUGUCGAGGUUCAAUGCAAUGCUGUCGGCUGCAUUACCAAUCUUGCUACCCAUGAAGACAACAAGGCCAAAAUCGCUAGGUCAGGAGCAUUAGGUCCGUUGACAAGGCUGGCAAAGUCCAAAGAUAUGCGAGUUCAGAGGAAUGCAACCGGCGCGUUGCUCAACAUGACGCAUUCCGAUGAUAACAGACAACAACUCGUCAAUGCCGGAGCCAUUCCAGUGCUCGUUCAAUUGCUUCAGUCGCCUGAUAUGGAUGUGGAAUAUUACUGCACCACAGCUUUGAGCAACAUUGCGGUCGACCCCUCCAACAGAAAGAAACUCGCCCAGACCGAACCACGGCUUGUCCAAUCCCUGGUCCAAUUGAUGGAUUCGGGAACCCCCAAGGUUCAGUGCCAGGCCGCAUUGGCUCUCCGAAAUUUAGCAUCAGAUGAAAAGUACCAACUGGAGAUUGUUCGGGCUAGAGGCUUGCAACCACUUCUCCGUCUCCUUCAAUCUUCGUACCUCCCACUUAUUCUCUCUGCUGUCGCCUGCAUCCGCAAUAUUUCGAUUCACCCCCUGAACGAAGCGCCCAUCAUAGAAGCCGGCUUUCUCAAACCGCUGGUCGAUCUUCUCGGCUCAAUGGAGAACGAGGAGAUCCAAUGCCAUGCAAUCUCGACUCUGCGGAACCUUGCUGCAAGUUCGGACCGAAACAAGCAACUCGUCUUGGAGGCUGGAGCGGUGGAGAAAUGCAAGGAGCUUCUGCUGCAUGUGCCACUGAGUGUACAGUCUGAGAUGACGGCUUGUAUCGCCGUGUUGGCGCUGAGUGACGAGCUCAAGACCCAUCUGCUCAACAUGGGAAUUUUCGAUGUGCUGAUUCCUCUUACUGACUCGGAAAGCAUUGAGGUUCAGGGCAAUAGUGCCGCUGCACUGGGCAAUUUGUCUUCCAAGGUCGGCGAUUAUUCGAUUUUUGUUCGUGAUUGGAUGGAGCCAAAUGGUGGCAUUCACGGGUAUCUCAAGCGUUUCUUGUGCAGCGGUGAUCCGACCUUUCAACAUAUUGCAAUCUGGACAUUGCUGCAGCUAUUGGAAUCGGAGGAUAAGAAACUCGUCAGCCUGGUCGCCAAAUCCGAAGACAUCAUUCAGAUGGUUAAGACAAUUGCCGACAAGCAUGUUGAAUCCGAUGACGAGGAAGGUGAAGAGGGGGAGGGCGAGGUGAUUGCGCUUGCUCAAAGAUCCUUGGAAUUGCUUGGUAAGGGGCCCAAGCAGACCUUGGUGGAAGGUUGA